GCAUGCGCCGCGGCGGCCACGCGCCCUCCGCCCGCUGAGCUCUCGGGCGCGCACCUGGCCAGCCAGAGCAGGGCGCCUACGGACAGCGCCAGGCCGGCUAGCGCCAGCGCCGUGCGGUGCCGGCACACGAGCCGCGGCAGGUUCAUCGUGCCCUGCCGCACGCGGGGCUGCGCGCGCACCUCCUCUCCGCCGACCUCGGCGGCCUGCUGCGGGGAGGGGGCGUCCGGCGGGCAGGGGCUGGGGGCGGGGAGGGAGCAGCGCGUGCCGCUACUGCGCGUGCGCGAGACGGCCUCCCGCUGGUCCUGUCAUCCGGGACCGUGACGCGCCUCGCUCCCCUGGGCGGCGCUCUCUCCUCUCGGCAGCCGAGGGUAAAGUGAGAGGGACGGGCGCGCAAACUCGUAAGGAGGCCAGCGGAGGUGUGCCUCCAGUCUAGGGCGCUGAGGUGGCAGGGCUGAGGGGCGUGGGCGGGGCAUCAUGUGACUCGGGUAGUUUCCGCCUCCUCUGAUAAGUGAUAGGAAUUUCGUCGUCUUGGCGUCUUCCGCCCGGAGGAAAAAUGGCGGCGCGCGGGUACCUUAAGCCUUAAGAGUCUGCGACCCUUCACCCCUCCCCGCCCCUUCCCUCAAGAAAGAUGGCGGCCGCCUGUGCGGGCUUCCGUUGACGGUGUCGCGGACUUUGCUUCUGGCCAUCUCGGGGCUCCGGGCGCUCGUUGAAUCCUUCCUUGAAGAUACCUGAGCUCCUAUUAAAGAGCUAGAAAAAAAUGGUGUCCAAGCAGGCCUUCCUCUGCAGCCUGGGCUCCAUCUACUUGUCUCUGCUCUUUGUUUUCCUCCUCAUGGAUGUUUACGCCAGGCCUGCCAACAACUCGGCAUUAAAGGAGAAGGGGGUCGACAAGGAUGAGAAUGAGAUCCUUCCUCGAGACCACCUGAACGGUGUCAAGAUGGAGAUGGACGGGCACCUGAACAAAGACUUUCACCAGGAGGUCUUUUUGGGGAAGGAGAUGGAGGAAUUUGAUGAAGAUUCAGAACCACGAAGAAACAGAAAAAAACUUAUGGCAAUCUUUGCAAAGGUGGACGUGAAUAAUGACAAAAAGAUCAGUGCCAAAGAAAUGCAGCGUUGGAUCAUGGAGAAGACGGAGGAGCACUUCCAGGAAGCUGUCAAAGAGAACAAGAUGCACUUCAGGGCGGUCGAUCCCGACGGCGACGGUCUUGUGUCUUGGGACGAAUAUAAAGUGAAGUUUUUGGCAAGCAAAGGCCACAAUGAAAAAGAGGUUGCGGAAAAGAUAAAAAACAAUGAGGAGCUGAAGAUUGAUGAAGAAACCCUAGAAGUUCUCGAUAACCUCAAGGAUCGCUGGUAUCAGGCUGACAACCCUCCCGCUGACCUGCUGCUGAAUGAGGAGGAGUUCCUGUCCUUUCUCCAUCCAGAACAUAGCAGGGGAAUGCUCAAGUUCAUGGUCAAGGAAAUUGUCCGGGAUUUGGACCAGGAUGGUGAUAAGAAGCUGGUUUUGUCUGAGUUCAUUUCCCUGCCUGUGGGGACAGUUGAAAACCAGCAGGCCCAGGACAUUGAUGAUGACUGGGUGAAAGACAGAAAGAAAGAAUUUGAGGAAGUAAUCGAUGCUAACCACGAUGGGAUUGUCACCAUGGAAGAGCUAGAGGAGUACAUGGACCCCAUGAAUGAAUACAAUGCCCUCAACGAAGCCAAGCAGAUGAUAGCAGUGGCUGACGAGAACCAAAACCAUCACCUCGAGAUGGAGGAGAUCCUCAAAUACGGGGAGUACUUCACAGGGAGCAAGUUAAUGGACUAUGCCCGCAAUGUCCACGAGGAGUUCUGAGGUGUCCUCCCUCCCGCGGAGCUCGCUGCACCUUCUCGCUCUCCCACCCCUGCUCCUGCCCCACUGACGAGAGGACAGAAUCUCUUGCUGCUAUUUGUGUUGUGGUGUGUGUGUGUGUGUGUGCGUGUGCGUGUGUGUGUGCGUGUGCGCGAGCGCGCGCACAUGCAUUCGCCUUGUUCUGAGAAAGAGAGCCUUCCGUCCACCCAGUACUCUGAACGUUGGCUUCCGUUAUCCUGCAGUCCGUCCUGGCUCAGCAGUGCAGUGGCCACUUAACAGUGGUUUUCCCAGAGUCGACCCUCCUCUCCUCAGCCAAACCCCUCUUUAGACUCAUGAUAUACACCUGUGAAAUAGCUGAGGGGAUUGGGGUUGGAUGUGGGGGUUUCUCCAUGGCUUAGAGUAGAGCAAGCUGUGGAAGGAGGAAGCAAACCGUGGGGCUGGCACUUGAGUGGCAGGAAGAAGUUCAGGGAUGGGCAUUCACAGCUCAGUGUAAGUGACCCAGGUCAGUCUGCCAGGUGCUCUUGGGGUACCCCGUGGUGUGGGGCCUGGCUUGGCGCAACCCAGGCUUAGCCCUGAGGCCACAGGAAAGGGACCUGUGUUCUUGUUUACUAUGGUGGCCUUGAAAUGAGCUGAUCUUUGGAAUUCAUCCAGGCUGGAGGAUCUUAAUUUGAUGAAAGCAGCAUGAUUUCCAUGUUAUUUUUACGUUUUCUGGAGUAAUCCUUGGGGCACGCUUGGGUGUGGCCAAGCCAGAGUGUGAUGGAGGGCUCUGGUUUGGAGGGGAUGGGCUUUUCCUCCUUGUCCCUGAUGACGAAGCCAUCCCGCUCAGAACAGACCCAUCAGGUUGCUUCAAGACACUCACGUUUGUAUUGGCCUCCCCUGCCCUUCCCAUUACAUUAUUUUGUCCCAAUGACAUUUUUGUUUUUCGGAUUUAUUAAAAAUCACCUCCAAAAGCUC